UUUGGGCGGAAACCGGCGAUUUUAGAGAUGCUCACUCGGGAAUGUCCACUUCAAGCUCAAUGGAUCAUCCGCAAUUACCAUUUUCAACUGCUUCUAGAUCUAGGACGAGAGAACGAAAAGCCAGUAGAUCAUUAACGGAUCCGGUGAAAACGGAGGCUGUUGGCGUUGAUGGUGGCGAAAGUGAAGAAGGUGGCAAAAAUGAUAAGAAACAAAAGAGGCAGAGAAGGCAAAGAACGCAUUUUACAUCGCAACAAUUGCAAGAGUUGGAAGCGACUUUUGCGAGGAAUCGAUAUCCGGAUAUGAGUUCUAGGGAGGAAAUUGCUAUGUGGACGAAUUUAACCGAAGCAAGAGUUAGGGUAUGGUUUAAAAAUCGCCGAGCAAAGUGGAGGAAACGCGAAAGGAACGCGAUGAACGCCAUGAAUGCAGCCGCUGAUUUCAAGACUGGAUUCGGGAGCCAAUUUAACGGAUUGAUGCCGUCGUUUUCCGACGCUGACAUCUACUCUUCGUACGGGUAUAAUAAUUGGGCGAAGGUGCCGAGUCCGUUGGGAACGAAACCGUUUUGGCCGGUGGUGCCCACGAAUCAUCAUCAAGGUCACAGUUUACCAGGAUUCAACACGGCAACUUCCGUAGCGGCGGCUUCUAUGUCUGGAGCUGCACCCACCAUGCUUCCUGGUGCCAUGGGCACGGGAUUAACGAGCACACCAUCUGCGGUAGCUGCACAAUCGUGCCCUUAUACGACCCCUACUAACCCUUAUGUGUAUCAUCACAGGCCUGGUACUGAGUCUUGUAUGUCAACCAGCAUUGCUUCCCUAAGGUUGAAGGCCAAACAGCACACGGGAUUCGUCGGAUAUUCCGGAGUCAGCCCUGUAAGAUCCGGAUCAGGUGGACUAUCAGCUUGUCAAUACGCUGGAAGUUCUUUGGGGGUCGCAGAGAGACCCGGCUGAGAUCUGUUCGCCCCCAAUACCAUCGGGGGUGUCAAACAAGAACAGGACUCGUAAUAAUCAUAAAAAAAUAGUAACAAUAAUUAAAUACCUAAAAAAUAAUUAAUUUUAAUCGAAAGUGUACAUAAAAAUAUACAAAACUGUGGACUCUCAAUCAAAAGACGAGGUGUUGUGCCCAGUGAUACUUAAGAAAAUGUGCGCAUAGCAAUAGAUUAAAACGAAUUAAACUUAAAAAAAAUAAUUUAGAACCCCCUACACAUACAACAUACAGAAAUUAACAACACCCCCCCCGUUUAAGUUCUAAAUAGCUCGAUUUUUUUUUUUUUUAAAUAUUUAGUGCGGUAUUAAUUUUGUUAAUGAGGGACUUUCCAAGUGCAAUGUAAAGCUUUGUAAAACACUACGGGACUGAUUAUGAGAAUCGGAACGAGUAAAUUAUUCAAACUUGUAAUAUAUCAGCGAGUAGUUUAUCGUUUGUAAUUCAAUAUUUUCAUCUAGUCAUAAUAAAAAUUAUUCCAUAUCGAGAGAA